UUUGUUCUUCCUCGUUUACAUUUAUGAAUGAAUGAUAUUCAUAUCUUCCACCACCACCACCACCACCAUUAAUCCUACUUGACUGUGUCAUUUGAUUAUGAACUAUAACUACCAUCAUUCAUUAUACCAUCUAUAUAGUAUCAACUCUGCAAACACUCCAACAAUGAAUUGUGGGAAACAAUUCAAAUUUGUUACAGAUGUUGUUGCUGCGUCUUCUCAUCUUCUUCUUCUUCUUUUUCAUCUUCCCAAUUUCAUACUCAAUACCAUUCAUUGUAAUUCACGGAAUUGGGAAUCAGUGCUCUAGCGACGAACUCAAAUCAUUCACCGAUGAAUUGAUCACCUACUCUGGUGUUCAAGGAUUUUGCAUUGAGGUAGGUAAUGGAGCAUGGGAUUCUUGGUUUAUGCCAUUGCAAAAUCAGGCAGAUGUUGUUUGCCAGAAGGUGAAGGAAAUGAAAGAAUUGAACGAAGGAUACAACAUUGUUGGCCUUUCCCAGGGAAAUUUAAUUGGUCGAGGUGUGGUUGAGUUUUGUGAAGGAGGACCUCCCGUUAAGAACUUUAUCUCUUUAGCGGGCCCUCAUACUGGUACUGCUUCAGUUCCCCUGUGUGGUACAGGAGUCUUUUGCAAAAUUGCAGACAAUCUCAUCAAGGGAGAGGUUUACAGUACCUAUAUAGAGAAAGGAAAUGUUGAUUCAUCAAAUAUGACAUGGUGACAAAUGAUGAUUUUAUUUUGUGAAAGAUCAUAACAUUUGUACCCACGAUGAUUGGAAGGAUAUCCUAAAAAUACACAUGGGGUGGAGCGAGAUUGGAGUUUGUUUAUAGUAGUUGAUGGAAAAAGGGGAUAACAUAGGCAACCAAAAAUUUUUAGGUGAGAAUAGGAAGGAUCCUUUUGAAAAAGAAUUUUGAGAGGUGAUUGAUAAUUCAACUUUUUGUUUGGUAAAAUGUUCAAUAGGUAAGUAGCCAUUUGUAAAGCAUGAUGCCAAAAAUGCGGCGGUAAAGAAGCAUGAAUUAGUAAAGUCCGAAUCAUAUUAUUAAUAGAGCGGAUUUUUCGUUCAACUUUUCCAUUUUGUGAUGAAGUAUGAGGACACGAGAAACGAAAUGAAAUUCCGUUUGCUUGA